GGUAAUGCUCACCUUCUCGAACCGCGGCGGCUGUGUCCUCCGCGAGAUCCUUGGCCUGCUUCGGGGAAGGCGACGAGACGGUCCACAGCAUCCGCCGUCCGCGCUGUGACAGGUGUGUCGCCUCUGAAAGAAAUGGCUACUGGACAGGAUCGAGUGGUUGCUCUAGUCGACAUGGAUUGUUUUUUUGUUCAAGUGGAACAACGGGAAAAUCCUCAUUUGAGGAAUAAACCAUGUGCAGUAGUACAGUACAAAUCAUGGAAAGGUGGUGGAAUUAUUGCAGUGAGUUACGAAGCUCGUGCAUUUGGGGUCACUAGAAACAUGUGGGCAGAUGAUGCUAAGAAAUUAUGUCCAGAUCUUCUACUGGCACAAGUUCGUGAGUCCCGUGGGAAAGCUAACCUCACCAAGUAUCGGGAAGCCAGUGUUGAAGUGAUGGAGAUAAUGUCUCAUUUUGCUGUGAUUGAACGUGCCAGCAUCGAUGAGGCUUAUAUAGAUCUGACCAGUGCUGUACAAGAAAGACUUCAAAAGUUACAAGGUCAGCCUAUCUCAGCAGACUUGUUGCCAACCACUUACAUUGAAGGGUUGCCUCAAGGCCCUACAACAGAAGAGGCUAUUCAGAAAGAGGAGAUGAGAAAACAAGGGUUGCUUCAAUGGCUUGAUUCUCUUCAGAUUGAUAACACCACCUCUCCAGACCUGCAGCUCACUGUGGGGGCAGUGAUUGUGGAGGAAAUGAGAGCAGCCAUAGAGCAGCAGACUGGUUUUCAGUGUUCUGCUGGCAUUUCACACAAUAAGGUCCUGGCAAAGCUCGCCUGUGGACUAAACAAGCCCAACCGCCAAACGCUUGUCUCACAUGGGUCAGUUCCACAGCUUUUCAGCCAGAUGCCAAUUCGUAAAAUCCGUAGCCUCGGAGGAAAGCUAGGGGCUUCUGUCAUUAAAAUUCUUGGGGUAGAAUACAUGGGUGAACUGACCCAGUUCACUGAAUCCCAGCUCCAGAAUCAUUUUGGAGAGAAGAAUGGGUCUUGGCUAUAUGCCAUGUGCCGAGGGAUUGAACAUGAUCCAGUUAAACCCAGGCAAUUACCCCAAACCAUUGGCUGUAGCAAGAACUUCCCAGGAAAAACAGCUCUAGCUACUCGGGAGCACGUACAGUGGUGGCUCCUGCAGUUAGCCCUGGAACUGGAGGAGAGACUGACCAAAGACCGAAAUGAUAAUGACAGGGUGGCCACUCAGUUGGCUGUGAGUGUUCGUGUACAAGGAGACAGACGUCUCAGCAGCCUUCGCCGUUGCUGUGCCCUUACCCGCUAUGAUGCUCAUAAGAUGAGCCAGGAUGCAUUUGCUGCCAUCAGGAACUGUAAUACUUCUGGAAUCCAAACUGAGUGGUCUCCUCCCCUCACAAUGCUCUUCCUCUGCGCUACCAAAUUCUCUGCCUCUGCCCCUUCAACUUGCAAAGACAUCACCAUCUUCUUGAGCGGUGACUCAAGUUCUCAGACAAAGGUGCCAAUUACCAGCUCAGAAACUAAGGCCCAGGAAAGUGGUCCUGCUGUGUCCACCACUAAAAAAGCAACUACCUCUCUAGAGUCAUUCUUCCAAAAGGCUGCCAAAAAGCAGAAAAUUAAAGAAACUUCGUUUGCAUCCCCUACCACAUUAGUGAACAAGUCACCAUCCAAGCCUGCUUUACUCUUCCAAACAAGCCUAACUACAGGAGUUGAGCCCUUCUUUAAGCAGAAAAGUCUACUGUUAAAGCAAAAAGAGCUUAAUAAUUCUUCAGCUUUUUACCUUCCACAAAGUCCUCAGUCUGACUCUGAAGAGUCACCAAACUGUUUUCCAACCGAGUAUUCAAAUGGUGCCCCUAUUUGUGAAAGAGUGUUGAAUUUGAAGCCUGUAUUCUCUAAAGCAGUCUCUACAGAGAUGGGUGUGGUCCACAACAGUCCAGACAUGUCUGUCGAGAUAGCCCAGAAGGCAGCUACUACCCCCAGUCUCAUAGCCACUGAGGACAAAGUGCUCUGUGAGAAGUGUGACUCCCAGGUUCCAGUGUGGGACAUGCCAGAACAUAUAGACUAUCAUUUUGCAUUGGAGUUGCAGAAAUCCUUUUUGCAGCCUUGUACUUCCAAACCCCAGGCUGUUCCUGCCACAUCUCCUCAAGGCAAAAGAAAUCCCAAGGGCCCAUUGGCUUCCAAUAAUAAACGCCCUAGGCCCCAUGGCAUGCAGACACUGGAAUCAUUUUUUAAGCCAUUAACACAUUAGUGCUGCCCUCAGGCUUGUAGCAGAAAUGGAACUAUGUUCAUUUCUCAAGGAAUUUAAUAACAAAAAAGUCCUCUCUUCCAAUGGGAUAAGAACCCUGAAAUGUUAAAAUCCAUCCUUUGUUUAUAUAUAUGGGGCCUUAGGCCCCAGAGAGAUCUAGUUGCAAACUCCCUCAAACUUUAUCUCUAAAAUGAGACUUGCCAAUUAUGUAUUUGGGGAGUAUGACUCAUAAGUACAGGCCAUGGCGGGGAGCAUCCUGGGUAUUAUAGCUCAGGUGGUAGAGCACUUGCCUGGGGUAACUUGUGCAAGGUCCUCAGUUCAGUUUCUAAACCCUAUCUUUAAAAAAAAAAAACUGCCAGGCAUGGUAGUACAUGCCUUUAAUCCCAGCACUCAGGAGGCAGAGGCAGGCCAAUCUCUGUGAGUUCAAGGCCAGCCUGA